AUGUUCGGUGUUCCAAAUAUAUUUCCAAUGAAUCGUACGAAGCACUGCAGUUUGCUGGUUAAUAAAUUUUUCAGGUGGACAAAUUAUAAAACAAAUCAUGUAUCGCCUGAUGCAAUCUUCAACCGGGCAUGCCAUCAUGCAACGUUCGGUCAGCCAGUACAUAGCACUCAUCCACAUUUAAUUAGUCCGGGAGAAGUGUUGACAGGAAUAUCACUGAAAGAAGUUAAACUUAGACGACAAACAUUUCUACAUGCAUUACGGGACUAUGCGGCUCGGCAGAUUGGUGCUGCUACAAAUCAUAUUGUUAUUAUACCAUCCGCUAAUAAGAAGUACAUGAGCCACAAGAUUCCGUACGUUUUUCGUCAAAACACAGAUUUCUUAUAUUUAAGCGGUUGCCAAGAACCAGAUAGUGUGCUUGUGCUGGAAGUUGAUUCAAAUAACAAUUGUAAAAAUACAAUUUUUGUUCGCCCGAAAGAUAAAACUGCCGAGAUGUGGGAUGGACCCAGGACUGGUGUACAAUUCGCUCAGGAUGUGUUUGGAGUGGAGGAAUCUUUUGAUAUUAAUUGUUUAAAGGAAUACUUGACGAAAUACGGGUUUGCCAAUCCCAACUCCAUAUACUGGUACGACGAAAAAGCGUCCGAUUUGGCCGAUGUAUCUAAGAUGGUUAGAGAUGUAACCAACAAUCAAACGAAAUCACCAAUCGAAUUGAUUCAAAGCCUUCGUCUGAUAAAAUCUGAAAGUGAGUGUGUGUUGAUGAGAAAAACGUGUGAGAUCGCCUCUAAAGCUAUCAAUACGACGCUUGAGAAUAGCUAUCCUGGCAUUAGUGAACAUGAAAUAUACGCCAAUGUGGACUACUACACGCGUAUCAAUGGAGCGAACUUUUUAGCGUACCCACCAGUGGUAGCUGGAGGUUCCAAUGCUACGAUUAUCCAUUAUAUAAACAACAAUCAAAUUGUAAAGGGUGGCGAAUUGAUAUUGAUGGAUGCGGGAUGUGAAUAUCAUGGUUACACAAGCGAUAUUACAAGAACUUGGCCUGUUGAUGGCAAAUUCAGCGAUGCUCAUCGAGUUCUGUACGAAGUUCUUUUACAAGUUCAAAAAGAACUUUUAGACUGUUUACAAUAUCAAGGAGGUGAAACGUUAGAUCAACUCUUCGAUACGAUGUGUUCCAAAAUAGGCAAAUAUUUACAAGAAAUCAAGUUAAUACCUUCCUCGCUUUCUGGUCUGGAACUGUCUCGAGCCGCCUACAAAUUUUGUCCCCAUCAUGUGUCUCAUUAUCUAGGUAUGGAUGUUCACGAUACUCCUCUGAUAUCUAGAAACAUUAGGUUAUGCCCCGGAAUGGUGUGUACAGUAGAACCAGGCAUUUACAUACCAACACACAAAUUAGAUGUUCCGAGUGAAUUCCGUGGUGUAGGGUUGCGCAUCGAGGAUGACGUGCUGAUUAAGCCAAGAAAGGAAAUAGAAAUUUUAACUAAAGAAUGCGUAAAAGAUUCUACGCUACUAGAAGACUUGGUAAGCUGUAAAACAAGAGGCUCGUUGUCUUAG